AUGGAACAACAAACAAUAUCCAUAACCAAAGCAGGAAUAACAACAAUUCUGAAUUCCAGGACUUUUGUAUUAGCUGCAACAAACCCUCCAUCAGGUCGUUAUGAUGAUCUCAAAACUGCACAAGAUAACAUUGACUUACAGACUACAAUUCUUUCAAGAUUUGACCUCAUCUUCAUUGUCGAAGAUAUAAACAUGUCAGCCAAGACAAGAGAACUUGUACAGAUUCUUCUUGUUGUUAGAGCUGAAGCUACUGCUCAAGACACGCAACAUGGAGGUACAACUCUACAUACUGCUGCUAUGACUAAUGAUUUGGAGUUAGUUAAAAUUAUUCCUUAUGCUGGAGUUGAUGUGAACAUAAGGAAUGUGCAAAAAAACCAUUCCUUUGCAUGUGGCAGUGGCAAGAGGAUCAAAAUUAUGUGUUGGAAUGCUUCUUUCUGCAGCUCGUGCUUCUUGUCAAACCCAUUGGCAAGUGAAUCAUUUAAGAAAGUUCAAUGUGCAUAUGAGGCAACCCCAUUUCGUGCAGAACUACCCACCCCACCCCUACCCCCUACCUACCCACCCACCCCCACUCCACCCUCUCCUAUAGAUACAAACUCCAGUGUUGCACAUCUCUCAAGUGGUGAAUCAGAAUUAGAGUCUUCAAAUGAGGAAACUAUUGGAGGUAAGAGAAAGCAUAUAAAAUGGGAAUCCAUAGUGGGUCCCGCUGUUGACAAAGAUGUAGCACAUGAAGUUGUUGGAUUGAGAGCUGCAACUUUAGGUCACUCUCUCUGGGAAUCAGCAACCUGUACGCACAGAAAUUACAGAGGCUGCAAUGGAAAGGGUUCAGAAAAACUGUCACUUCUGAUUACAGAAGCAUAUAGAGAUGCCCAUCAAAAGAGUGUCCAGGCCAUGAAAGCACGAAUGGACGAUCUUGCACAGAGCUUAGGAAUGCCCCAAGGUUUGGGUGAUCAGUUCAAGCAAUAAUUCAAUCCCCAUUUUGCCAUCAUCCUUCAGAAAGCUGUAGUUUUGUAGACUUAACUGUGCCAAAAGGUUUGUUAUCGGGUAUUCAGAUAAAAAAGCAGAUUGUUGAAUGAAGAAAAGAAAAUGACAUCCUAGUUUUUUCUAAUUUUGACAGUCUACUUUCAAGGUAUACCACAAUUAUAGUUUUUAUUUUUAUCUUUUAUAUUAUGUUAAACGUCUUUUUUUGAUGUCCUAAUUACU